CUUAUUUAUUUUCUGAAAUUAUUCUUGAAUAAUUCAAAUAUUACUCUUAAAACCCUAAGAAAUCACCCUUCAUCUAUAUGAAUCCUAAUCACUCCCAAAUCUCACAUCCAUCGAUUGGUGAUGGAGAAGGUAACCAAGCUAAGCAAUGCAAUUAGAGUAUGCAAUAAAUUGAUUUGCUUUUCUAUUAAACUGAAAUUAAAAAUUUUAAAAAUUCAAAUUAAAUUAUAGAUACGAUGAAAAAGAAUAAAAAAUUUAACCUGAAAUAAACUGAACUAAUUUGAAUUAUCGCUUUGAUUUGAACAAAUAGCUUAUAAAACAACCACAACGAUGCAGAAACCAAGAAAAAAUAGCCAUAAAAAAGCAACCAAAUAAUUUCAAAAAGCACCUUAUCAUAUCGUUCCGCAAGAGAAAUAAAACCGCCCUCUCAGUUUUUCUCACGUUGUCAACUAACUGCCUAAACUGCAGUAUAUAACCAAAUCUAUCCACCAUUGUUACAGUUUUUGCAGCCUUCUCCUACCUUUCAUUUUCUUUGCCAACAUGACCAACAACUACACUGAUUCUGUCCUGGAUUUCAAUUUCCCUUCCUUUUUGUCGAUCCCAUUUCACCAUCAUGAUCAGAAACUGCGAAAGAAGCGAACCAAAUUGAUCAAGAUCGAACCCAGUUCAGUUCCUUCUACUGCUAGUGUUUCUGUCGUCUCCAAACCAAAGUAUCAGGCUAAAAAACCAGACCCUUUUGCUCCUAAGAUCACCAUGCCUUGUACCGAGUGUGGUAAAAAGUUUUGGUCCUGGAAAGCACUCUAUGGCCAUAUGAGAUGCCAUCCUGAGCGGCAAUGGCGUGGGAUUAAUCCACCACCAAAUUAUCGUAGACCUGUUUCGCCAGUUCCAGAAAUGGGUAAUGUAGAAGAAGCUGCAAUGACUUCAGAGGAUUAUGAAGCGGCUGCAUGUUUGUUACUGUUGAAUGAUAGUGAUGGCCCCACAACAACAUUGGCUGAAACUGAAUGCAGCAGAGAUGGUGGGAUUCGCAGUAGUUUUCACGUUCAUGAAGAUUUGAAUUGUCGUUUUGAAUGUUCAAGUUGCAAGAAGGUGUUUGGAUCGCACCAGGCAUUAGGAGGUCACAGGGCAAGUCACAAGAACGUGAAAGGCUGCUUCGCAAUGAACGUUGAGAUGGGUGAAGAUCAUAUCGGAAGCGGCGGAGCCAGAGGAGGUUCGAAGGAGAAUGUGGAGGAUAAUAACAAGAUGUUGAUGGUGUUAGGGCACAGAUGCAGUAUCUGUUUAAGGGUGUUCGCUAGUGGACAGGCACUGGGUGGGCACAAGAGGUGCCAUUGGGAGAAAGGAGAAGAAACCUUGUCGUCGUCGAUGAAUCAAGGAGGAUUUGAAAUGAAGGAAGAGGAAGCUUGUGGAUUGGACCUGAACUUGCCUGCACCAGUUGAAGAUGAAUCAUCCUCUUCAUAUUCAUUGGACCUCGCCCUGGAUUUGAGAUUGGGUCUCUGAAGAGAAAUCAUUAAUGGCUUUUGUUUGUGAACUGAUUUGAGUUAGUAUAGUAUAUAAAGAUUGAUGUAUCAUUGUUGUUGAUGCUCCAAAA